CCAAAUCGCUCCAUCAACAACCGUUUGGACUGAAAUCACACAACUAGCUUACAAUCGAUGGCCAAGACAAGCGCACACAGCCCAGCCGCACAGGGCAAGCGACCACAGCAGCCGCAUGGCACCAACAAGGGCGCACGUGUGGCACGCGGGCCGGCCAGCCAGACCCAGACGCAGUCCCCGCGCGGACGAGCAGCAGGUCGUAAUGCAUCGCCACGAGGGCAGAAAGGUCGCGCCGACGACGACGAGGAGGACGAGGACGAGGACGAGGACGAUGACGACAAACCCAACGAAGACGAAGACGACGACGACGACAAUGAAAAGCCACCAGAAGCAGACCCAGAGCAGAUGCGUCGCAUCAACGCGCUGCUGAGCCAGAUGGACAGUCGCUCGGGAGACGCAGCGGGCAAGAAGCCAAAGAACCAGCAGGCCAACCCGCCAGCCAAGGGCAAGGGCACGCGCAAGCAACGAAUGCAGGAGGAGACGCGCGAGAUUGCCGAGCUGACGGCACGCUGCAACGCACUGCCUCGCUCCACGGACAUCAUUGGUGCUCGAUCGGCCGCUGCACCAACGACGAAUCAAGAAGCGAGUGAUGAGACGCCCAAGAAGGCCGAUGCUACAGCCACAACCACCACUCCAUCCACUUUCACACGCUUUGCAGAGCUGCCCUUGUCGUCGCGCACGCAGGCCGCACUCCGCGACUGCGCAUAUGUCAAACUGACCGAAAUCCAGCGAGUGUCGCUGCCCGACGGCUUGGCAGGUCGCGACGUGCUCGGUGCCGCCAAAACCGGCUCGGGCAAGACGCUCGCCUUCCUGUUGCCUGUGGUCGAGCGCCUCUACCGCCUGCGGUGGUCCUCGGAGGACGGCAUUGGCGCCAUUGUGAUUACGCCCACCCGCGAGCUUGCCUUCCAGAUCUUUGAGGUGCUGCGCAAGAUUGGUGCGCGCCACGAGUUGGCCGCAGGCUUGGUCAUUGGUGGCAAGGAUGUAGAGCAGGAGAAGGAGCGCAUCAACGGCAUGAACAUUCUCGUGUGCACGCCCGGACGCUUGCUGCAACACAUGGACGAGACGCCAAACUUUGACUGCUCCAACCUGCAGAUGCUCGUUUUGGACGAGGCCGAUCGCAUCCUCGACAUGGGCUUUGCUCGCACGCUGGAUGCCAUUCUGGACUUUCUGCCCCGGUCGCGCCAAACCCUCUUGUUCUCGGCCACCCAAACCAAGUCCGUGCGCGAUCUGGCGCGCCUGAGUCUCACCUCGCCCGAGUACGCCGCCGUGCACGAGCACGCCAAACACAGCACCCCGAAGGGUCUGUCGCAGUCCUACGUCGUGACGGCCCUUCCCGACAAGCUGGACAUUUUGUACUCGUUCAUUCGCACCCACACCAGCUCAAAAACGCUCGUCUUCCUGUCCAGCUGCAAGCAGGUGCGAUUUGUGCUCGAGACAUUCCGACGACUGCGCCCAGGCGUGCCGCUGAUGGCACUGUAUGGCAAGCAAAAGCAAAUGAAGCGCAUGGCCAUUUACAGCGACUUUGCGAAGAAGCCUUCCGCCGUGCUCUUUGCCACCGAUAUUGCCGCUCGUGGUCUCGACUUCCCCGCCGUCCACUGGGUCAUCCAGGUCGAUUGCCCGGAAGACGCCAGCACGUAUAUUCACCGCGUCGGGCGCACUGCCCGUGCCGACAAGAGCGGCAACGCACUCCUGAUGGUUCUCCCGUCCGAAGAGAAAGGCAUGGUUGCCACCCUUGCCGAGAAGCGCAUCCCCAUCGAAAAGCGUGAAAUCAACCCCGAUCGCAGCUCCAGCAUCCGUCCCAGCCUUGCAGCCUUCUGUACACAAGAGCCCGAGCUCAAGUACCUGGCUCAAAAGUAUUUCGUCUCGUACAUGCGCUCGGUCUUUUUGCAACCCAACAAGCAAGUUUUCGAUGUGCACGCACUCCCUGCGGAAGAGUUUGCGCUGUCCCUCGGUCUGCCUGGUCAGCCGAACAUUCGCUACUUGAAGAAGGUCAAAAAGGUCCAUGGACCUGCGGCAAGCGCUGCUGCAGCCGCUGAAGAUGGCUCGGAGGACGAUGGCAGUGACGACGACGACGCAAGCGAUGACGACUCUGACAGUGACAAUGAAGACAAGAGCUGGGGCGCUGAAAGUGCUCCCAAAGAGAAGGCAAAAUCCAAGAUCGACCGCAUUCGCCUUCGCCAAAACCAAGGAGUCUUGUCAACUGCAUGGCAAAAGCUGCGUGAGCAGGACGAAGAGACGGGCGAGGAUGACCUGCUGGUGCUCAAACGCCGCAACCACGGCGUCGAUGGUGUGGACGACGAUGACGAUGCCCCUGAGGAAGCAAAGAUCAAUCGUGACGGCACUGCCAUGGACACGGCCGAAGAGGCAUCCUCGAGCAAGAAGAAGACCCUUACUCGCGCAAAGGUGGCCAAGAAGCUCAUCAACGCUAAUAUCAAGGCGAAUACGAAAGUCGUAUUUGAUGAUGACGGCUUGGCACUUGACGAGUCGGGCAAGGUCGUGGAGGACGGCAUUGUGAGCAUCCCAGAUCCGGAAGUAAUCGAGGAGCCGCGACCCAACGUGCCCGUCACGAUCGAAGAAUCCAAGGCACGCAUGAAGGAGGCGGAUCGUCUCGAUCGCUUGGCCGAGCGCCGUCGUGUGCAAGAGAAGCACAAGGAGAAGUCUCGCAAGGCCCGUGAGAAGCGACAGGCUGAAGCUGCGGGCUAUCUCGAAAUGAAGUUUGGUGCUCAAGGUAACGACCAAGAAGAAGAGGAUGAUGAGGAUGACGACGAUCAAGACGACGAGAACGAAGAUGACGACGAUCAAGACGAGCCAGAGCCUGUGCGCAACCAUGGCCGCGGCUCAAAGCGUGGACAUGAAGACUCGGACGGAGCCUCUGCCAAGCAAGCGAGCAAGCGAGCGCGGUCUCUUGUCGAUGAUGAGGAGCUGGCAUUGGCGCUGCUGCAAGGCUAAUUUUCGGGCAUUCAGUCGUUUGGGAUUGCUUCAAAAAAAAAAAAGACAAUGCUGUCGUCUUUUCGCUUGUUCCUAUGUUGUUGUACCAUACCAUACCAUCCCUAUCAAAUCAGUUUUGGG